GGGCCCGGCCCCCGAGGGCCGAGCUCGCCGUCGUCCGCCGGCGGGGCGGGCUCUAGCGCUGUCGCCGAGCUUCGGGGCUGUGGCGGCAGGUGAGAAAGGGCGGGCAGAAGGCUACUUCUGGCCCCGACCCGGCUCCACGCUCGCUCGCUCAGUCCAGGUAGCCGACCUGACAUGGAAGGACCGCCGCUCCCGAGUUCGUGAGGCCUGGCGCUGCUGCGGGACCUGGGAGUGGCGUGAGGGGUCCCCUCGCUGGGAUCCCGGUACCACCUGGGCGGGUCGCCGGCCUGUCAGCUGCGAGGUAGCAGCGCGAGCCCGGCAGCGGCGUUUCCCUCCUUCCGUCCUUCCCUCUCUCCCGGGUUUGCGCUUGAGCUCUGCUUGUUCCCAAGCCGACAACUUCUAGACUCCCAGCUAGGGAGAAGCCCUGGGUCAGCACUGCCAACUGCCCUAACAUAACACUCGGCCGGUGUGGAAAAAAGCUGCUAGCCCGGGGUUCUCUUCCCUGCCUUGGGGUACAUCUGCUCAAAUUCUUCCGGCCCUUCAAGCAGAAAUGGCGUGGGAUCUGGGCCAGAACCCUCUUGCAGUGAGUCAAAUCUGCCCACCGUACUGGAAGGACAGAAUAAAUGGUCCUUAGCCUCCUCUCCUUUCUGAACUGAUUCUCGCCACCCCUGUGGUUUCAGUCUCGUGUGCCUUCAUCUUUUCCUUGUGAUUCCCUUCCACCUUGCUCCUCAUAUACUCCCUCUGGUUUUCCUGCCUCCCUCUUCAGCUGUGGGACGCAAGGCUGGACCAAAACCUCCAGGGCUUGUCUCCUUGCCAUCCCUGCACAAACUUCCAGAGAGUUCAUCCUAGUUGUAGCACCACUGCAGACCCUCUGUAGCUGUGUCUUGAAGCCAGUGGAGGUCAGGCUUGUGGUGACAGGAUUGAGGGUGGCUCUUCCAAAUCCCUUCAUAUCAGGACACCUCCUCAGGGUCACGGUGCUGGAGCAAGCCCAAGGAAAUAAGCAGGAAGAGCUCUGCCACCAAGGAAAGCAGCACAGGGCCAGGCCUCUCCCAUGGACCCUUCUCAGGACAACCCAAAGGCACCAGUGAGGCUGUUCUCCUAAGCCACAGAGGGCCUGGGAACACCAUCCUCCGGGAGGAGCCAUGGUGUUUAGAAGGGGCAGCUCCCAGCUGUGGUGUGGACCAGGAAGGGGUAGCGGUUGCACAGGCACCCUAGGCAAGCUCAGGGCUGCCCUGCUGCUUGUCAGCCUGCUGUGGGGGGCCCAGGGAACAGCCAGCACCAACCUCAGCACAGCUCUGGGCCAUCCUGGGCCACUGCCAGGGGGCCGCUACUUGAGCAUUGGGGAUGGCUCUGUGGUGGAGUUUGAGUUCCCAGAGAAUAGUGAGGGCAUCAUCGUGAUCUCAAGCCAGUACCAAGGCCUGAGCAAUGGGUCAGGGCCCAGUCCCACCCUGAGAGUUACCUCCUUGGACACAGAGGUGCUGAUCAUCCAGAAUGUGAGUGCCAUAACCUGGGGCAUUGGGGGUAGCUUCGUGGUGAGCAUCCACUCAGGCCUGCCUGGGAUAGCCCCACUGCACAUCCAGCUUGUGGACCCCCAUGAGGGCCCACCCAUGCUGAUUGAGGAGCGAAGAGAUUUCUGCAUUAAGGUCUCACCUGCCGAAGACACCCCCACCACCGCUGGCGCUGACCUCACUCACUUCUCAGAGAACCCCAUACUCUACUUGCUCCUGCCUCUUAUCUUUGUCAACAAGUGUUCAUUCGGGUGCAAAGUGGAGCUCCAGGUUCUGAAGGGGUUCCUGCAGAGCCCCCAGCCCAUGCUGCUGGGCCUGCUGGGCCAGUUUCUGGUCAUGCCCUUCUAUGCUUUCCUGAUGGCCAAGGUCUUCAUGCUGCCAAAGGCCCUGGCUCUGGGCCUCAUCAUCACCUGCUCGUCACCUGGUGGUGGAGGGAGCUACCUCUUCAGUCUCCUCCUUGGAGGGGAUGUCACCCUGGCCAUCUCCAUGACUUUCAUCUCCACAGUGGCUGCCACUGGUUUCCUGCCACUGUCCUCAGCUAUCUACAGCCACCUGCUCAGCAUCCACGAAACACUCCACGUGCCCAUCUCCAAGAUCCUGGGGAGCCUGCUCUUUAUCGCCAUCCCCAUCAUAGUAGGUGUGUUGAUCAAGUCCAAGCUCCCCAAGCUCUCUCAGCUGCUGCUGCAGGUCAUUAAGCCCUUCAGCUUUGUACUGCUCCUGGGUGGCCUCUUCCUGGCCUACCGCAUGGGGAUCUUCAUCCUGGCAGGCGUCAGGCUGCCCAUUGUGCUGGUGGGCCUCACUGUGCCCCUGGUUGGCCUCCUGGUGGGCUACUGCCUGGCCACAUGCCUGAAGCUGCCAGUGGCCCAGCGGCGGACAGUCAGCAUUGAGGUAGGGGUGCAGAACAGCCUGCUGGCCUUGGCCAUGCUGCAGCUGUCCCUCCGCCGCCUUCAAGCCGACUAUGCUUCUCAGGCCCCCUUCCUUGUGGCACUGAGUGGCACCUCAGAGAUGCUGGCCUUGGUUAUUGGCCACUCCAUCUAUAGCAGCCUGUGCCCAGGUCCCUGAGGCCCCUGGGUCAAGCAUUUGCCACUCCUCGCCCCCACCCUACACCCACUGUCCCCACGGUUCUUGUGUACCAAAGGCCUUUAGUUCUCAUGCACUAUGCACUCAGAAAAAUCCAGGCUUAUUUUUGUUACUGGUUUUUUAUUCUCCAGCUUUCAGUGCCAAAGAGGCCGUGCUGAGUUGGGUAUGUGGGCACUGCCCAGAAAAUAUAUUUCAAUAAAAGAGAAGCAAACUUG